GCUAUAUAGCGGCGGAAAGCGAAACGCGUGGUUCGUCGAUCGCCAGCCAGAAAUCAAAGCCGACCGAUUGUCCGCGCAAGAGCGAGACAGUCGCUGUAUUGAUCAGCUGUGUGAGAGGCGGUGCAGCCCUGGAAACAGAUGAUUGCGACGGCACACCCACGCGGCCAGCCGAGUCGGACGCAUUUGUGUGGGUAAAAACUACGUGGCCCUGUCACCCAUUGUUCCGGCGUUCUCUCGCCCUCGACUCUCUUUUUUUGCUAUCGUCAAUGCGUUUCGCCAUGAGGCUCGCCGUUCUCGCGAUCUUACUAGGCUGCAGCGUCACCUUCGCCAGCGAAGUCAAAUAUUCUCGCGCCGUUGUCGAGAGCUGCAAGGGUUGCCAGUUAAAUCAGUUGCCCGAAAUCAGGAAGUUCAUAUUCGAAGAUCUGCCUCAUUAUGAAAAUGUCGAAUACAAGCACAUUCAGGGUGAACCUCCGGAAUUAGUUCUCUAUGAUCGUUAUGAUGAGGAAGUGGAACGAUUGAAGCUGGCCAAAUUGACGCGCGAUGAGUGCAACGAACUACUCGUGUCCAAGGGAUUCAAACGCUCAUCGUCAGCAGCCAAGGACGAGAUGUAAAUCCACCAUAGAUUUGUCAAUGCCGCAUGAU